AUGGUUUCAAAAAUAAAAGCAUUAGAUGCUUCUGUGGUCAACAAGAUCGCCGCAGGUGAGAUCAUUAUAUCUCCCAUGAAUGCACUUAAGGAGAUGAUGGAGAAUUCUAUUGAUGCCAAGGCAACAACUAUUGAUAUACUCGCUAAGGAAGGUGGAAUAAAGAUAUUGCAGAUUACAGAUAAUGGAUCUGGAAUUGAUAAAGAGGAUUUACCUAUACUUUGUGAGAGGUUUACCACAUCGAAGUUAAAGAGCUUUGAUGAUUUACAGAAUAUUCAAACUUAUGGUUUUAGAGGUGAGGCGUUAGCUAGUAUAUCUCACAUUGCUAGAGUCACUGUGACUACAAAGACAAAGAACGACAAAUGUGCCUGGAAGGUUUCCUAUUCUGAGGGUAAAAUGAUUGACGAACCCAAACCAAUCGCGGGGAAGGAUGGAACUUCCAUCUUAGUGGAGGAUUUAUUUUAUAACGUACCCUCCAGACUAAGGGCCCUAAGGGCUGGUAAUGAAGAAUAUAAUAAAAUUUUAGAUGUGGUAGGCAGAUACGCUAUUCAUUCGAAAGGGAUUGCCUUUUCAUGCAAGAAGUUUGGAGAAUCUAAUUUUAACCUUACGAUACAAAGUCAAUUCAGCAUUGAAGAUAGAAUACGAACGAUCUUCAAUAAUCAAGUUGCCACGAACUUAAUACCGUUCCACAUAGACACCAUUAAAGAGCUUAAUAUUAUAAGUGUAACUGGAAGAGUUAGCAAUUUGAAUUUCUCCUACAAAAAAACAAUUCAACCAUUAUUUUUUAUCAAUAAUAGAUUAAUAACUUGCGAGCCAUUAAAGCGGGCAUUGAGAAACACGUACUCCAACUUUAUGACCAAAGGAAACAAACCAUUUAUUUAUUUGAGUAUUUUAAUUCAUCCAAAUGCUGUAGAUGUUAAUGUACAUCCCACAAAGAGGGAGGUUAGAUUCCUGAACCAAGAUGCUAUACUGGAAAAGAUAGCUUUACAAUUACAUGAAGAAUUAUCGAAUAUCGAUACCUCACGUACUUUUAAGACAGCAACGAUAUUAACUGGUCAAAGGACUUCCAAUCCACCUUCUGCUGAGAAAAUGACUAAACAUAUAUCACCUAUUUCAGAAAAUAGACAAGCUGAGGAAUUCUCACAAUUACCAUCCUCAUUAUCAACACAAUCACACAAAAGUCCGUUAGCGAAUAAAAUAAAGAGAUACGAAAGUAAAUUAGUGAGAACCGAUGCUUCUCAGGCGAAGAUUACCUCCUUCUUACAAGCUAGUCAGUAUUAUCCAAACUCAAGCCAGACCAUCGCAUCUGCAUCAAGGGUUACAUCUCAGAUUGUUCCAAAGGCAAUUGAGCCGGAUACUCUAUUGAAUUUGACUCAAGAUGUGGAAGAAAAUAAAGAAAGGAUCGAACCUGACGGAGUUGACGAUAAUAUGAUUAUAGAAUCAGAUGAAGAGUAUAAUUCAUCAAUAAAGAUGAAUACUUCAACAUUAGAAUCUUCCCAAGAUCAUGAGGUGGAAUCUCCCACAUAUACGAUCAUCCCUAGAAAGAGAGUUGAUGUUAAUCUUACAAGUAUUAAAGAGCUUCAAAAUAUUGUUGAUGAAUCUGCACAUUCGGAGUUGACCAAUAUAUUCGCCGGACUGACAUACGUUGGUGUAGUUGAUCCAGAAAAAAGAUUAGCUGCUAUUCAACACGACCUAAAAUUAUUUUUGGUAGACUACGCAUCCGUUUCUUACGAAUUAUUUUAUCAAAUCGCUUUAACAGAUUUCGCUAACUAUGGAAAGAUUGAACUCCAGACAGAAACAUCCGAUGAUCUAAAACUUGUUAGUUUACUUUCAGGAUUCGAACAUCUCACAUCUAAGGCAAAAUUAGAUAUAAUUAAUAAAUUGUGGGGAAUGAAAGAUAUGCUACAGGAAUAUUUUGGAAUAGAACUUAUUAAUGAGGACAGUUCAGAUCCAGCAAAUGUUAAGAUUAUCUCAAUACCAUUGCUCCUAAAAGGUUAUAAUCCUCCGAUAUCAAAACUUCCAUUCUUUAUUUAUAGACUCGGCAUAAAAAUAGACUGGUCUGAAGAACAAGCAUGUCUAGAUGGAAUUAUGAAACAAAUUGCGUUGUUCUACGUCCCCGAAGUUGUCCUGACUCUCGAUGAGAAUGAUUCGACUAUAUCGGAGGAAGAUAAAAUAUCCUCAAUGAAUGCAUCAGCAGAAUUGAAUGAAACCUUGGAAAAUGUGAUCUUUCCUAGCAUAAAGAGAAGAUUACUAGCACCAAGGAACCUAUUAAAGGAUAUUGUAGAAAUAGCAAAUCUGCCAGGAUUAUACAAGGUCUUUGAAAGAUGUUAG